CAAUUGCAGUUAAGACCCGUAAAGAAGCCAAACGAAUGGCCUUGUCGGAUGCUAUUGCCUCUGCAAAGGCUAGAGUGGAAGGCCUUAAGGCAAGCAUUCAGCAGCAGCAGACAAAGAAACAAGAGUUUGCGGAAUUUCUCGCUCGACAGUCUCUUGCUUUAGCAGCAUCUGAAGGGAGGUCAAAUGAAAGAAUUGAACAAGAUGAAACACAGGAGGCCAUCUCUUGGUACAAUAGGGUCCUUGGCUUUCAUGUUGAAGGUGGACACGGAGUAAAAUUCACAUUCAAGAAUAUAAACAUGAACAACCCAAAUGAGGAAUAUUCUUUUACCAUCCGCCAUGAAAACAAUACUUACACAUUGUUAAGUUGUGAACCUUCCCUUGAAAACACAGAAGAUCUGAUCCAUGAAUUAAACAAGACAAAUGGGUUAUUUAAAUUUGCUAGAGUAAUGAGGAAAAAGUUCCAGGAGGCAGUGACACAAGGGGGUUUUGUUCAGACUACAGUUGAACAUGAAGAAUCUAUGUUGAUGUCUGCAUCUGCUCCAGUUUUAUCAAUGUCAUCUGCUAGAAGUGAUACUACGGCUGAGGGAAUCAAUGAUCAUGUUGAGCCUGUCAAAGUUAAUUCAAAUAUUAACAAACAACAUAUUCAAAGAAGGGUAAAUUCAGGAAUUCUAUCUCCUGGUUCCGCAUCAUCCAUUCGCCGGUCUCCUCGUUUGAAGGUAUGA